UAAUGACAGCAGCUAUUAUUGGUGAUUGGCUUUGAUUACCGUCGGUCGGCAUCAUCGAGUUCUGUGGUUUUUUGCAAUGCUGUCACGCGUCGUCCAUUCGCUCUCGCGCCGAUAUUCUUUCUCAAAAAUCACAAGUAAAGUUUGGUUAUACCAACGUUCCAUAGCGCCAUUCUCUACUAUGCCAGGGUCUGAAGUGACUAUUGGAACACACGAUGGGUGCUUCCACUGUGACGAAGCGCUUGCAUGUUACAUGCUCAAGUUGCUACCCCGAUACAAAGAUGCGUCUGUUAUUAGGACCCGUGAUCAGAAAGUUCUGGACAGUUGUGAUAUUGUGGUUGACGUAGGAGGGGUUUAUGAUCCAUCUACGCAUCGCUAUGAUCAUCAUAUGAAGGAAUUCAAAGAAACUCUCAGUACAGUUAUAAAAAAAUCUGGAUACAAGAGUAAUAUUAAACUGAGUAGUGCCGGCUUAAUCUAUUGUCACUUUGGUGAUGAAAUUAUUAAGAUACUAGUACCUGAAGUAACAGAUGAAUAUGACCGGGCUAGUAUUUUUAAAAAAGUGUAUGAAACAUUCAUCCAAGAAAUAGAUGCCAUCGAUAAUGGAGUGCCAAUGUUUGAUGGGGAACCUUCGUACUAUAUCAGUACAAAUUUGAGUAAGCGAGUGGCACGGUUGAAUCCAACUUGGAAUGGUCCUAAGCUGGAUCCUGAUGAACAGUUUGAGAAAGCUGUCGCGCUUACGGGCGAAGAAUUCACCUAUUUUAUUCAACAUGCAGCUAGAGUUUGGUGGCCUGCUAGAUCAAUUGUGGGAGAUGCCGUUCUCGGGAGAUUUGAGGUCCAUCCAAGUGGAGAAAUUAUUGAAUUGUCUACUUCUCUGCCUUGGAAGGAACAUUUAUACGAAUUGGAAGAGGAACUAGGUGUAAAAGAGCCAAUAAAAUACGCUAUUUUCCAUGACAACAAUUAUAGAGUACAAGGUGUACCUGUAAAAGCUGCAAGCUUCAUUUGCAGAAUGUUCUUACCAGAGGCAUGGGCAGGCUUGAGGGACGAAGAAUUAUCUGCUGUAUCUGGCAUUCCUGACAGUAUAUUUGUACACAGUGUUCGAUUUAUUGGUGGCCAUAAAACUAGAGAAGGUGCAUUAGCAAUGGCUGCUAAGGCUCUCGAAAUAGGAAAAUCGAUCGAAAGCGGUCACGCAGAAACGAAUUCGAAAUGACAUAAACUGAAUACCGUUUCAUCACUUAUAUGCAAUUCGAACUCUGGCAAAUCGAAAGCAGAAAAUAGAUGAACACGAAGCUAUUCCAAAAAUAACCUAUUUUGUACACCACAAAAGAUUUACAACAUGUCGGUACUGAUUUUAAAAAGUGUUUUGUUGCUAAUGCGAAGCUGUAAUUUCGCUGAAAGUUAGUGUAGAUUCUACGUUAUUUUUUAUGAUUUGUUUUUACAAACUUUGGUGAAUGUUUUUUUUUAUUAAUUUAGGGGUAUUAGCCCAAAUUACACGAUCCAGAAUUGAGGAGGCAUCUAUUGUAGGAUUGUCCAAGUAUUCCGGUGGACAGGGUUAAUGAACGGAGUGAACAAUGAAUUACAUGUUUUAAAACAUAUUGCUCUUUAAUGAUAAUAUGAUUUUCAAUAAAACAUCGUUAUACACAAACAACAGGAAUAAUAGAAAUGAAUUACAUCAAUUCCACAUAUCGUAUGAAACUGAAGGCACAGCAUCAUUCGGUAAAACAACCAAAAGUAUUUGUAAAAAAGAAAAUGUUCAGUCUGUAUACCAAAAGCGUUGCGUGUAUUGUUUUGUUUUUGAAUAUUUUUUCGUUUUUUUUUUCUCUUUGUUUUUGAUAAAAAAUAAGUUUUGUCUAUUUCAGCGGGCACAUCGGACUAGCCCGACACGCGUCGCAUUGGUUUUCCAGUA